CGGCCAUUUUCUGUCUUUGUUUGCUCAUUUAUACAGUAUGGCUAUGUGGGCCGAUGGCUUAACUCUGGCAGAAAAACAGUCGGAGCGCUGGAUUUAGGUGGGGCGUCCACACAGAUCACCUUUGAGACCCCAGAAACAGUUGAGAACGAGUUGAACAGCAUGACCAUGCGUCUCUAUGGGCAGGAGUAUUCCCUCUACACGCAUAGUUACCUGUGUUAUGGUAAAGAAGAGGCUCUGCGCCAGAUCCUGGCCUACCUGGUUGAAUCGCAGGGUAAUACUAGCAAAGUGUACCAUCCCUGCUACCCAUCUGACUUCACUGAUGUCUUCAAGCUGGAGCAAGUGUUUGACUCUCCUUGUACAGUGUCUAAGAGACCCAAACCUUACAACCCUCAUUCCUGGAUCAGGGUGCAAGGCACCGGGGACUACCAAAGCUGCCUUGGCAACACUUCUAAUAUAUUUUCCUUCCAGUUCUGCCCCUUUUCUCAGUGUUCCUUUAAUGGAGUUUUCCAGCCCAACAUCAGCGGGGGCUUCAUGGCCUUCUCUGCUUAUUUCUUCACUCACAGUUAUCUCCAGCAAAGUACAGGGAUAAACAUCAGAACCUCUGCUCAGCUAGAGGAGGCUACCAAAGCUGUGUGCAAUAUGACCAUAGAAGAGAUGACCAAGAAAGCUCCUGACUUGAAAAAAUACCUGAAGGAUUACUGUGCAGUUGCAGUGUAUAUACAAGUGCUAAUGCUUAGGGGUUAUAACUUUGAUGAGAGUUCUUUCCAAAAUGUUGCUUUUCAGAAAAAGGCAGGUGAGGCGUCUGUGGGCUGGGCUCUGGGUUAUAUUCUCAGUGUGAGCAGUCUUCUUCCAGAUGAACCUGCGGGCAUCAGGAAGGGCUUGUGUCCUGCAGCAUGGAUUGGCUUGUUGAUUCUCCUAACCAUCCUCCUCAUUGCCACCUUCUGUUACAUGGCUCUAGUGAUUCGGAGGAAAAGGAGUGAUGAAGUUGUCUCAUAGCUCACUGCUAUGCCUACAGUUGUUCUAUGUGUUUGGACAGACUCCACAAAAAUUUAAUGUUUACAUGAAUAAUGCAUUCAUACUG